CGGGUCACGCCGUCACAGGGGCGGAAGCGGCGGCAGCAGCGGCGGCGGCGGCGGCGGCCGAGCGAGGGCUGCAUCUCGCGGCGCAGAUCCUUCAGUCUUGUGCGCGUGGCGCGCAGCUCCGGAGAGGCGCCCGCAGCCCGGGGCGGCGCGCACUGUCUCACACGCGCUCCGAGCGGUGCCUUCUCCCCGCGACUCCUUGCACCUCUUCAGCGUUCAGAUUUUCUGUUACAAUGGCAACCCCACGGGGGAGAACAAAGAAAAAAGCGUCUUUUGAUCAUUCUCCAGAUAGUCUUCCUUUGAGGAGUUCCGGUAGGCAGGCAAAGAAAAAAGCAACGGAGAUGACAGAUGAGGAUGAAGAUGGUGGGUCAGAGAAGAAGUACAGGAAAUGUGAAAAGGCAGGCUGUACAGCAACGUGCCCCGUGUGCUUUGCAAGUACUUCUGAAAGAUGUGCCAAGAAUGGCUAUACCUCCCGAUGGUAUCACCUCUCCUGUGGGGAGCAUUUCUGUAAUGAAUGUUUUGACCAUUACUACAGAAGCCAUAAGGAUGGAUAUGACAAAUAUACUACAUGGAAAAAGAUAUGGACUAGCAAUGGAAAAACUGAACCUAGUCCCAAAGCUUUCAUGGCAGACCAGCAGCUCCCCUAUUGGGUUCAGUGUACAAAACCUGAUUGUAGAAAAUGGAGGCAACUUACCAAGGAAAUCCAGCUUACUCCACAGAUAGCUAAGACCUACCGCUGUGGUAUGAAACCAAAUACUGCUGCUAAGCCCGAGACCUCAGAUCAUUGUUCCCUCCCAGAGGAUCUAAGAGUGUCGGAAGUUUCCAACCACUGGUGGUACUCCAUGCUCAUUCUACCUCCUUUGCUGAAAGACAGUGUGGCAGCACCCCUGCUCUCUGCCUACUACCCUGACUGUGUUGGCAUGAGCCCCUCCUGCACCAGCACAAACCGUGCAGCCAGUGACACCAGUCCCGGGAAGCUGGAACACUCCAGUGCGGUCCCGUCUGUGCUGGUUCCAGACAUGAACCGGUACUUCCAGCCUUUCUACCAGCCCAACGAGUGUGGCAAAGCCCUGUGCGUGAGGCCAGAUGUGAUGGAGCUGGAUGAGCUCUAUGAGUUCCCAGAGUAUUCCCGAGACCCCACCAUGUACCUGGCUUUGAGGAACCUCAUUCUGGCACUGUGGUACACUAACUGCAAGGAAGCUCUUACUCCUCGUAAGUGUAUUCCCCACAUCAUUGUGCGGGGCCUUGUGCGCAUUCGAUGUGUUCAGGAAGUGGAAAGGAUCCUUUAUUUUAUGACGAGAAAAGGUCUCAUCAACACGGGUGUUCUCAGUGUCGGCGCUGACCAGCAUCUUCUUCCUAAAGAUUACCACAACAAAUCAGUCAUCAUUAUCGGGGCUGGUCCAGCAGGAUUAGCAGCUGCUAGGCAACUACAUAACUUUGGAAUUAAGGUGACUGUCCUGGAAGCCAAAGACAGAAUUGGAGGCCGAGUGUGGGAUGAUCGGUCUUUUAAAGGCCUCACGGUGGGAAGAGGUGCCCAGAUUGUCAAUGGCUGUGUUAACAACCCAAUAGCGCUUAUGUGUGAACAACUUGGCAUCAGCAUGCAUAAAUUUGGAGAAAGAUGUGACUUAAUUCAGGAAGGUGGAAGAAUUACUGACCCCACUAUUGACAAGCGCAUGGAUUUUCAUUUUAAUGCUCUCUUGGAUGUUGUCUCUGAGUGGAGGAAGGAUAAGACUCAGCUCCAAGAUGUCCCUUUAGGAGAAAAAAUAGAGGAGAUCUACAAAGCUUUUAUUAAGGAAUCUGGAAUCCAAUUUAGUGAACUAGAAGAACAGGUGCUUCAGUUCCACCUCAGUAACCUGGAAUAUGCCUGUGGCAGCAACCUCCAUCAGGUGUCUGCUCGCUCCUGGGACCACAACGAGUUCUUUGCCCAGUUUGCUGGUGACCACACCCUCCUCACUCCUGGCUACUCUGUCAUUAUCGAAAAGCUAGCUGAAGGACUAGAUAUUCGGCUCCAAUCUCCAGUACAGAGUAUUGAUUAUUCUGGUGAUGAAGUGCAAGUUACUUUGACAGAUGGGACAGGAUGUACAGCACAAAAGGUAUUAGUCACUGUACCACUGGCCUUACUGCAGAAAGGUGCCAUUCAGUUUAAUCCACCACUGUCAGACAAGAAGAUGAAGGCUAUCAACAGCUUAGGUGCCGGCAUCAUUGAAAAGAUUGCCUUGCAAUUUCCUUAUAGAUUUUGGGACAGUAAAGUUCAAGGGGCUGACUUUUUUGGUCACGUCCCUCCUAGUGCCAGCAAGCGAGGGCUUUUUGCUGUAUUCUAUGAUAUGGAUCCCCAGAAGAAGCACAGUGUGUUGAUGUCAGUGAUUGCUGGGGAGGCGGUGGCAUCCAUUAGGAACCUGGACGACAAGCAGGUGCUGCAGCAGUGUAUGGCCACGCUCCGGGAACUAUUCAAGGAGCAGGAAGUCCCAGAUCCCACAAAGUAUUUUGUCACUCGGUGGAGCACAGACCCCUGGAUCCAGAUGGCAUACAGUUUUGUGAAGACAGGUGGGAGCGGUGAAGCCUACGAUAUCAUUGCUGAAGAAAUACAAGGAACCAUCUAUUUUGCAGGCGAGGCAACAAACAGGCAUUUUCCACAAACAGUUACAGGGGCAUAUUUGAGUGGUGUUCGAGAAGCAAGCAAGAUUGCAGCAUUUUAAAUAGAAUUUGUCUGGAUCCAGCUUUCUUCUGUACCCGUGGGAAAGUUUGAAACACGUUUAACCUCACUUUCAUAAAAUCAAACAACAAAACCCUCCCUGGAUAGCAAAACUGAAAUGUUUCUAAGGUAGUUUGAUAAUGUAAACCCAUGUCACCACUCAGAAAACACUGGCCCAAGAAUCAUUUUAUAAGCACUUAUAUUUAAUUGCAUUUUCUACAAGUAUGACUAGCACUAAAUCUGGAUUUCAGGAUAAGGCAAAUUUUGAACUAAAAACCUCAGAUAUGAUUCAUGGUUGGAGAUCCCCUUUAAAUUUGAAUUUCUGUUUGGCCCAUCAACUUUCACACAUUGAGAAACCAAGUCAAUUAAGCAGGAAUCAUUUAAAAACCAGAUAAAGCCAUGUAUUUUCUAUGACAAUUUUCUUUGCCAGUGAGCCUUAAGACUUUUAUAUAGCUCCAAUAUUGAGCUUUUACUUAAAAUCUAGAUAGAAAUCUUUCCUUUUUGGAUACAGCACAAACUCUUCAAAGGUAAAUGAAGCUUCUAGACUAUUUUAUACACAUUUCUUCUCAUUGGGUGUUCUAAAGAAAUUUAAAUUCAGGUAUCUUUUGUGACAAAACAUUUUAGAUUUAUGCACUCAUUGGCAAAACAGCAAAAUUUUCAAUUCCCUGAACAGUACAAGUUUGUACCAUGGAAAAUGGGGCAGAGAUAGUGUGGUCUUCAUACUUUAGACAGAGACUAUGGUUAUUUUUCAUAAGAGCCAAGUUUGGGCAGAUGGCACAUUUUAAAUAGCCUUAAUUUUGGCAAACACUAGCAAAAAUGUCCUGUUAGAAUAAAUUAGUAAAAGCCUCUUCUCAAAGCCUCUUUUUAAAAUAACUGAUUCAAUCUAUAGGAAUAUUUUUUACGGAAUUGUUUUCAGUAUUCCAUAGGCAGGUCCACUGGAAAACUGCAGAUAUCCUGGUAAAUAUUACACAUUUUAUAAGCCAUAUCAUAAGAGCCUGAGAACAUGGCAAAAAUUUUUUUUUUCACUCAUGGCCAAAAAAUGUCAUUUAAAAAUUAACACUGGUUUCAGGGUCUUUAGGAUGCUUAUCUUGCCAAGAAAUUUCAGUUUACAUUAGAAAUAUGGAUAACCUAAGUGCUUUUAUUUUAAUGACUUUAAAGCCACUUUUCAAAAUAUUAGGUAUUUUUAAAAUUUAAUGUCAGCUUAUAAAGUAUCAUAUAUAAAAAUUGUAUGGUGAACUUAGACACACCUCCCUCCCCAUCAAAAUAAAUGAAAAUAUGGUAUAGUAGUUUCAAAGUUAACAGAAAAAUGUUGACAUUUGGGUUAUGAGACUCAAUGGUACUAUUUGGGAAGUAUUCUGCUUUAAAGUGUUAUAUAUUAAAAUGUUUAAAGAAUAGCAUGUGUUAAGUGAUAAAUGCAAAAUACUUUACGUUUGAAAUGGUUCCCAGUAAAUUUUUACCUUAGUCCUCGGCAUAAAAGUUGUGCUACAAACUAAGGAAAAAUCUACUUAAUAAAGAAUGGUAAAUAUAUAUUUAAAAAACCCUCAUUUCCUGUCUCAAGUGACAUCUGACAUAUUGUUCAAGGAACCAUGGUACUUUUAUUGAGUUACUCUGAAUGUUUUUCAUUGUUCUGAAGGUUUUAUAAUUGAGUAGCAGUGAAUAUACAACACUUUAACUUCAGAUUGUAAACAGCUGGUUGUAUAAAACUACUUAAUAAAAACUAGACUUGUUUUUCAAAUACA